AGAGCGAUGAUACAUGUUUAAUAAUUGGAAGUUACAUGUGUACGUUGUUUUUUUUUUUGGCGCCUAUCUGUUUCCUAAAUAUAUUAGUAUGUGUUUUAAUGGGAAAAUGACAAGGCGGUAACAUUGUGCACUUUGUUAGUUGUCUCUUUAUGAACUUCAGUCCCUUGACAUGCAUUACUUUACGUGGCGGUUUUGACACAUUCAAAAUGGUUGAUGCCCUUACGUAUCCCAGAAACUGGUCGUUCUGCUCAAUGUGGGUCUGUUUGCAAUAACGCGGAUUCGUAGUGUUACACUCACCCCGAAGCAACGGGCCUCAUGAUUGGUCAGAAGACAAGAUUAGCUAGUGGACCUCACUCGCCACAAGCUACUAAUUUCUUGAGACAACAACGACGUUGACAAUGUUCUUUCGGUGAUCAUAGAAGACGAAAAUCACCGCAACCGAACACCAUUCCGGCGCCAUUUGUAUCACUUGACUCGAAAGUAUGGAGCAGUCUGCCCCGAAAAGUAAGCUGAAAAAGCUGAGUGAAGACAGCUUGACCAAGCAACCAGAGGAAGUAUUUGAUGUCCUGGAAAAACUUGGUGAAGGUUCUUAUGGCAGCGUAUUCAAGGCCAUCCACAAGGAGUCUGGACAGGUCGUGGCCAUCAAGCAGGUUCCCGUGGAGUCGGAUCUGCAAGAGAUUAUCAAGGAGAUUUCCAUCAUGCAGCAGUGUGACAGUCCCUACGUCGUGAAGUACUAUGGCAGCUACUUCAAGAACACAGACCUCUGGAUCGUCAUGGAGUACUGCGGGGCAGGCUCCGUCUCUGACAUAAUCAGGCUGCGCAACAAAACGCUGACGGAGGAUGAGAUCGCCACUAUCUUAAAGUCAACACUCAAGGGUCUGGAGUACCUUCACUUCAUGAGGAAGAUUCACCGAGACAUCAAGGCCGGCAACAUUCUACUCAACACGGAGGGACACGCCAAGCUGGCCGACUUUGGGGUGGCAGGACAGCUAACGGACACCAUGGCAAAGAGGAACACUGUGAUCGGAACGCCUUUCUGGAUGGCCCCAGAAGUGAUCCAGGAGAUUGGCUACAACUGCGUGGCCGACAUCUGGUCGCUGGGCAUCACGUCCAUCGAGAUGGCCGAGGGCAAGCCCCCCUACGCUGACAUCCACCCCAUGAGGGCCAUCUUCAUGAUCCCCACCAACCCCCCGCCGACCUUCCGGAAACCCGAGCUGUGGUCGGACGACUUCACAGACUUUGUCAAGAAGUGUCUGGUGAAGAAUCCAGAGCAGAGAGCCACGGCCACUCAGCUCCUACAGCAUCCGUUCAUCAGCCAGGCCAAGCCGGUCUCCAUCCUGAGGGACCUGAUCACAGAAGCCAUGGAAAUGAAGGCCAAGAGGCAGCAGGAGCAGCAAAGGGAGCUCGAGGAAGACGACGACAACUCUGAGGAAGAGACGGAGGUGGACUCCCACACCAUGGUGAAGUCCGGCUCGGAGGGCGCGGGCACGAUGCGCGCCACAGGCACCAUGAGCGACGGAGCGCAGACAAUGAUCGAGCACGGCAACACCAUGCUGGAAUCCGACCUGGGCACCAUGGUCAUCAACAGCGACGACGAGGAGGAAGAAGAGGAGCAGGGAUCGAUGAGGCGGCACGCCACCCCGCAGCAGCCCAUGCGUCCGUCCUUCAUGGACUACUUUGAUAAGCAGGACUCCAACAAGGCGGCCCAGCACCAUCACCAGCAUCAACGUCAGCAGGAGAACUACAACCACAACCAGCCUCAGGAACAGCCAGGCUACCACAUCCAGUCCAAGAACAUCUUCCCAGAUAACUGGAAAGUGCCCCAGGACGGGGACUUUGAUUUUUUAAAGAAUCUGGACUUUGAGGAACUUCAGAUGCGCCUGAGCGCCCUGGACCCCAUGAUGGAGCGUGAGAUUGAGGAGCUACGGCAGCGCUACACAGCCAAGCGCCAGCCCAUCCUCGACGCCAUGGACGCUAAGAAACGAAGGCAGCAGAACUUUUAAGCCUGGUGAUACACACACACACACACACGCACACACACGCACAGUCUUUAGUGUAACUAUGAGAUGUCAUAGUUUGGGGAGGAAGCAACAUUCAUGACCAAAGACAAUCAGAAAUGGUAUUGCCUUAAAUGAGGGGCGGGGUGGGGGUGGGGAGCAGGCUUUUUUUUUUUUCUCUCGUUUGAAAAAAGUCUGCCUAAAUUGAUGACAGCCACACAUUACAGUGCUUGUUUUAGGAUUAAUUCAUUGUUAUGUAUUAUUAUUAUUAUUUUAAGAUCAUCUUCGGUCUUAGUGCCUCUGAAAAGUUUAGUAACACAAGCUUGGCUUACAUGGCGACACCACAAAAGGGCCCGUAUCGGAGAAAACUCAAAAUGGCUGCUUCCAAUCUUACUGUAGAACUGGCGAAUGAAACAAAAUCUAAUUACAGGUAAAUAUUGUAUAUUUAAGCACCAAAUGAUUCAUCAAAACCCAUAACAUUUCAAAGACAUUUAUACAUUAGUUUAAUGCAAACAAACGCCCAAACUGGGCAAUUGGAAAACUAGCAUUGAUUGUCAAUGGAACGCUCAUUGAAAUUAGCAUCAGUGUUACAGUCAUUGUGACCCUUAACAAAACGGCUACUUUAGCACGUGGGGCACAACAAAUGAAACACUGUGUGUUAAAACACAAACAUAUGAAGCAGAGUGCGCGCACCCUUUCAAAAACAAAGGUUGACUAACUUAACGCUAACAUACAAUGCGACACGCCACAGACGACGGGCUCAUGUACAGUAACGCGGACGUUGUCAUGGUAAUUGUAAAUCUUCCAACAAUUGCUCCAAUUUUUGUGAGAUUGACGUCCGCGUUCAACACUACAGGGCAGGAAAGUCAGCUGAUGAUGACUUUGUUCCAUGUGAUUUGAUUCGAUUUGGGGGGGGGGGUUGUUGUUUGUUUGUUUUUGUACAAGCUUCUUGAAUAGAACAGUGUGAAACAUGUCAUGGUUCCACGUGAAUGUUAACAUAUACACUUGAGAGACCUGUUACACUAUUUAAAUAACUACCACAGACGACAUUCGUACAACUUGUGUCCAGACUUUUUAGGGGUGUGUGUUGAGGGUUUUUCUGGACCAGCUGUGACCCUUUUUUAUUUAUAUAUUGUUUUACACAUUUUGUUUCGUGGCACUGGUUUAAAUCUAGAAGCUAAUUUGGCUGUUCAUAUUUGGAACAUUUUUGUUUUUGUGUUUGAAAGGACAGGUUUACAAAAAAUGUACAGGACCGUGUGAGAAAAGCAGCUAGUAUUAUCAUGUAUUGUUUUAUCUAAAAUCACUUUUUCUUUAAUUUCAUUUCACCACUAAAUCAGGAUGAUACAGAUCUUUGUCUGAAGCGGUUAAUUUAUUACUUUUAUGGUGAUUUUUUUUUGUAUCAAGUGCACGGGUAUAAUAAAAGUUACUUUUAGUUAAUCACAA